AUGUCACAAGCAAAGAUUCAAAUUCUGAUCACUGAUCUCUCUAAGGAUAGCUUUGCCUCAAAAUUGCCCUCCGCCAUAGAGAAGAAGAUAUUUGCUGAGAAGUUUCCUGAACUGAGUGAAAAACUAACCUAUUUCACUCCAUUGCCGUUUUUGAAUAGAAUCAUAAUCAUUUUGAAAGAUGAAGAAUCUGCUUCAAAAAUUUUCAAAUUUCUAGAAGAUUUCAUUCCAACCGUAGAUCCUAAUAUUAAGUUGUAUCUUACUGAGUCACUUUUGGUGAAUUCUAGACCAAGAGCUAAGUCGGAUGAUCCAUUUUCUAGAGGUAAUCAGGCAGUGCCAAGCUCCAAACCAUUUCUAUCCUUGAAUACAAAUCCUUUUAAUACGGGCAUUGCUAGUGAAUCCCUAGCCGUUGGUAGUCCCUCACUAUCUCCAGACAGAUCAUCUUUAGAAUCACCUACUUUAUUGAAAUUCUCAGAUAAUUCCAAACCUUACUACUAUAAAGAGCCGUUACCUAAGGUACCAAAUGAUGAUGAAGAAACAGGUUUACCAAUUGAUGCAAAUGAUUCAUUCACCCCAAUUACUAGUACAACAAGUACUUGGUCAAGGCUGGAUACUGGUGACAAGAGGAAAAAUUUGAGACUAGAUACUGACACAAAUAAAAAUGAGACAAGAGAUGAUUCACCACCGAAGAGUCCUAGUAUUACUAUAAAUCAUUUUACUCAUUAA